AGUAUAAUAGCAGUCACGAUUGGCUUUGCAUGUUUUUAUAAGUCUAAGUUAGAAAUUAAGCGUAAAAGAUGAAAAACCGGUUUCUAUUGAUUUUAAUUAUGAAAUGUGUUUGUUGUGAAGAAGAUAUACGGAAGAAUGAAAUAUUAAAUUUAGCUGAAGGAUCAAAAUGCAUGUGGGGCGGCGUCGACGGCGUUUGUAGAAGCGUUCACCAAUGCCAAUCUGCUAUUAAUGAUAUUAAGAGUAAAAAUUAUCCGCCUAUCUGCAGUUUUGAAGGUGUAAAACCAAUAAUAUGCUGCACUGAUUGUGAGCCUGGCGACUUCUUAAAUUUGAGCCCAGACGACAAUAUUGCUUAUUACAAAACUGGACAGAAAGCAACGGACAAAUGUCUAGACUACUUCACGACCCUGGACUACGGCUGCUACGAGCCAUCUCUCACCGACGUUCUGAAGGAGAUGAACACCACGAGGAACUGUUACGAUACCGACCUGGUGCUGUACAUCAUUGCUGGAGGAAGAAAUGCUGACAGGGACCAGUUCCCUCAUAUGGCUCUGCUGGGUUAUGGAGACAACGUGGAGACGGCGCAGUGGCUGUGCGGAGGCUCCGUCAUCAGUGAACGAUACAUCCUCACUGCUGCACACUGCAUAUCCAGUCCUGCUGUAGGACAAGUAAAAUACAUAGCUCUAGGCAUCCUGAAGCGGUCAGACCCUCAGGAGUUGUGGCAGAAGUACAACGUGAAGAGAAUCAUCGCUCACCCGCAGUACAAGCCUCCUUCCAAGUACCAUGACAUCGCUCUGUUGGAGACUGAUUAUGAAAUAUCAUUUAACUCGCACGUACUUCCCGCCUGUCUUCACGUCGGCGAGGCGGAUCCCACUGCUGAAGCCACGGGCUGGGGCGCUCUAGGACACCAUAGGGAACUAGCAGAGAUAUUGCAGACUGUGUCACUAUAUAGGUUUGAUGAAGAAGAAUGCAAACGGGCAUACCCGGUCCACAGACAUCUGAAACACGGUUACAAUCAUACCACGCAAAUGUGUUAUGGACAUCGUGAGGAGGCGAAAGAUACUUGCGAGGGUGACAGCGGCGGUCCCUUGCAGUCCUCAGCUCAUCUCUCAGACUGCCUGUUCACGAUUCUUGGAGUAACAUCCUACGGGCGCGCCUGUGGGUUUGCCGGAGGCUCGGGCAUGUAUACCAGGGUAUCACACUACGUACCCUGGAUUGAGAGCAUCGUGUGGCCCUGAAGUCUCCAGAAAUAUGUAAUUUUAAUAUAUACUAAUAAAAUAUUUUAGAGGACUUUA